CUUGUUCAUCUUUCUUCUGUUUGGGGCAUCCUUCAUUGCUCCGGCAGCUGGUACAUUCUCUACUUGUUGUACUUACAUACUCUAUUUUCAUGACCGACCUAUACUCAUCCCUCGGAGUCUCGCCCAGAAAGAAACGUCAACUCAUUAGUUCAGAUGACGAGACCACUUUCACUCCGAAGAAGCUUCGAACUGCGCCACCUACACCACCCUCUUCUGCGCAUAAGGGCAGCAAACCAAAUCACACGUCCUUGCCACAUCACCUUUCACGACUCAACACAAUUCAAACAGCCCUGCAGCAUGCAUUAUCACAUGCAUUGGCAACAUGCGCUGUGUCUCCAUCCUCUGACACGGGCAUAGUGCGAAACGUGCUCAAUCAUAUGUCCAUCAUGACUUAUUCUGGGCUCACAACCAAAUUCGACACCGAUGAUCUUAAGCGACUUUGCUGGGUAUGGGAGUGGGAUGCAAAGUCGCUUCCUGACCUUACAAGUAAACACAAGGCAAUCGAUGAUGAGAACCCCUUCUUAGAUAGCCCUGCACAGCCUCCUGCCAAAGACUGGACGCGAGGCGCGAUGGGAUUGGUCAUCAGCCCAACUACCCAUUAUUCCAAGAGCGCGGGCAAACGCGUACCUGUAUACGGUAUUGGUAUCGAGGUUGAAAUCGAUAUUGACAAAGAUAUGGGGGGUGGGAUGGCUGCAGUAGCUCGAUGGACCGCCGAUGCAGAAAAGCGGCGAACUGAGUUUCGAAAUAAACUUGAGCGCUGGGUCAAGCUUCACCCUGAUGUCCCGAAUGUGCCAAAUGUCCCUUUGGCAGAUAUCUCAGAGCUUGUCACUGCAGUCAAGGCGUCCUCGCUGACUCGAGUGCUUGCUUCUGCCUCGCCUAAGGGUGCCUCAAUUCUUAAGAAUAUGGUUCCGUCCAGUCCAAAUUCACCGGUGAAGUCGCCUGUGAAGCGUUCAACCGCCGCACAUGAGUUUACGGUCCCCUUUCCUGCGAUCAGUCCUUCAAAGUCAGCACUUGCAUCAUCAUCGAAAUCUUCCAUCGCAUUUCCUCAGACACCAUCAUCGCGCCAGAGGCGCGCAGAUCUUUUGAUCGGCCUUCUAACCCCAAAGACUCCUGCACGUCAUAGAUGCGAGAGCGAUGCAUCGGACUCUCUGCCUAUGACACCUGUCCAUCAACGCGGUGCCAACGCGGAGACUGCACCAUCAACUCCGAGUACAUCUCGUCGUCAAGCUUUGUAUGAUCGAAUUCGUCAGAAGUCUGUUACCACCAGUCCAACCAAAGCAAAGAGCGCGGAAGUUGUGGGAGGAAAGCUCUCUAGAGAGCAAAUCCAGAAAAUGGGUCAGGAAGAGAUUCGACGGCGCUGCCUACUCGGUCGCCUGGGUGGUGUCGCCGAGAGUGCCUGGAUGCUUUUCUCGGCUCCUGUCGGUCCGACUUCCACGCCAACUAUUCGCAAACGUAAAGUUCUUCCGACCUCUGAGGUCGCGGCUGCGAUCAUUAAAUCUUCCCCUGUGCCGAUGUCAACUCUAGAAGCAAAUGAAUCACUAAGACUACUCACGAGCCUCUGUCCAUUCUUUCUGCGACCUCUGGAAAUCGCCGGCAAAGAAUGGCUUGAGAUGCCAUCCACGUCAUCGGUGCAGGACUCUGACACUAGCACUGUCGACAAGUCGGUACCUCCUAGUCCAACCAAGAAGUCCACUGGCAGCAAACUCGUCCCACCACCCAGUCCAGGUACUCGUUAUACUUCUACUAUAGGUCCACCGCCCAGUCCCGGCUCUCGUGCGAAAUUCGACAGCGCCGAAAUACUCACCCGGAGUCCCAGGCGAGUUAAGCGUGAAAUAGGCGGCCUCAGAGAAGUGAGGGAAAUUAUUCGGAGAGAGCUGGAGCUGCAGGAUUAGCUCCAGAUCAGUGCUCAUCUUAACUCUAUUUCUAACUUUAUCAGUGCGAUACCUCCCCUCCACAUCCAUAUCAUUGCUUGUCUACCAUCACU